AUGAAUCUAGAUGAUCCAAUUGUUCGGUUAACUAUUGUUACUAAAAAUCACGUUUCCCUAAUAACAGGAAUAACAGGAGAGGGUGGCAAUGGAAAACUAACGUCAGAAGCCAUGAUAACUUCUAUGAACAUCGCCUUACUAGUAGCCCUGUUCCUGUUAAACUCAGAUCGCAUUCAGAAAGCCAUUGAGAUAUGCAGCGAAUGUUUGAGUUUGCUAAAUAACUCCGAUCAAAACAGCAAAGAUCAAUUACAUUCAAUACUGCUACAAUUUUAUGAAGUUCUUUUUAGCGCUUAUCGUCAUAUCUCUGACAAUGUAAGGGCAGAAGGAUACGGCAGAAAACUGCUUCUCUUAUACAGCAAGUCUGGAUGUAUGCGCUAUAAACUUGGCGAAAACCUAAAAGCGAAGGAGUAUGUUGCGAGGGCCCUUGCCAUAACAAUCGAAAUUGGCGACAAAAGCGGAGAAGCAUACUGUUACGGAAACCUAGGAGCGUUGCUUCAGUCGCUCGGGGAAUGCCACAAGGCUAAAGAGUAUCUCCAAAAAGCGCUUGUCGUGGCAACUGAAAUUGGUGACAGAAAUGGAAAAGCAUCAUGUUAUGGAAACCUAGGCAUGGUGUUUCAGUCGCUUGGGCAAUACGACAAGGCUGAAGAGUAUCUCCAAAAAGCACUUGUCAUCAGAACGGAAAUUGGCGACAGAGAAGGAGAAGCAGUUGACUGCGCAAACCUAGGUACUGUAUUUCAGUCGCUCGGGCAACACAACAAGGCUAAAGAGCAUCUCCUAAAAGCGCUUGCCAUCACAACUGAAAUUGGCGACAGACAAGGAGAAGGAUCAUGUUUUGGAAACCUCGGUACUGUGUUUCAGUCGCUCGGGCAAUACGACAAGGCUGAAGAGUACCUCCAAAAAGCGCUUUUCAUUGCAACUGAAAUUGGCGACAGACAAGGAGAGGCAACUGACUACGGAAGCCUAGGUGCUAUGUUUCAGUCGCUCGGGCGACCCGAUAAGGCUAAAGAGCAUCUCCAGAAAGCGCUUGUCAUCAGAACGGAAAUUGGAGACAGAAAAGGAGAGGUAGCUGACUAUGGAAACCUUGGUGCUGUAUUUCAGUCGCUCAGGCAAUACGAUAAGGCUAAAGAGUGUAUACAAAAAGCGCUUCUCAUUACAACUGAGAUUGGCGACAGAGGAGGAGAAGGAUCAUGUUAUGGAAACCUAGGUAUUUUGUUUCAGUCGAUUGGGCAAUACGACAAGGCUAAAGAGUAUCUCCAAAAAGCCCUUGGCAUCAGGGCGGAAAUUGGCGACAGAAAAGGAGAGGGUUCAUGUUAUGGAAACCUAGGUAAUGUGCUUCAGUCGCUUGGGCAAUACGAAAAGGCUGAAGAGUAUCUCCAGAAAGCGCUUGUCAUCAGAACUGAAAUUGACGACAGAGAAGGAGAGGCAAGUGACUAUGGAAACCUAGGAACUGUGUUUCGGUCGCUCGGGAAAUACCACAAGGCCAAAGAGUAUCUUCAAAAGGCGCUUGUCAUCAGAAAAGAAACUGGCGAUAGAAAAGGAGAAGCAAGAGACUAUGGAAACCUAGGUAUUGUGUUUCAGUCACUCAGGCAAUAUGACAAGGCUAAAGAGUAUCUACUAAAAACGCUUGUCAUCAGUACGGACAUUGGCGACAGAGAAGUAGAGGCAACUACAUACGGAAACCUAGGUACUGUGUUUCAAUCGCUCGGGCAACACAACAAGGCUAAAGAGCAUCUCCUAAAAGCGCUUGCCAUCACAUCUGAAAUUGGCGCCAGAAAAGAAGAAGGAAGAUGUUAUGAAAACCUAGGAGAGGCAACUGACUAUGGAAGACUAGCUAAAGUGUUUCAGUCGCUCGGGCAAUACGACAAGGCUAAAGAAUAUUUCGAAAAAGCGCUUGCUAUGACACCUGAAGUUGGCGACUCAGAAGGAGAAGGAAGAUGUUAUGGAAACCUAGGUGCUGUGUUUCUGUUGCUUGGGCAAUACAAAAAGGCUAAAGAUUAUCUCCAAAAAGCUCUUAGCAUCAGUGCGGAAAUUGGCGACAGAGAAGGAGAAGGAUCAUGUUAUGAAGGCCUAGGAACUGUGUUUCUGUUGCUUGGGCAAUACAAAAUGGCUAAAGAGUAUCUCCAAGAAGCGCUUGUCAUCAAAUAUGAAACUGGCGACAGAAAAGGAGAAGGUUCAUGUUAUGAAUACCUAGCUACUGUGUUUCAGUUCCUCGGACAGUACGACAAGGCUAAGGAGUAUCUCUCAAAAGCGCGUGUCAUCAGAACCGAAAUUGGCGACAAAAAAGGAGAAGGAUUUUUUUAUGGACGCCUAGGUUCUGUGUUUCAGUCCCUUGGGCAAUACGACAAGGCUAAAGAGUAUCUCCAAAAAGCGCUUGUCAUCACAAAUGAAAUUGGCGAUAAGGAAGGGGAAGCAGCACAUCUUGCAAACCUUGGAAAUCUGUUUAGUACUUUUGGAUAUUAUGAAGCUUCGGAAGUAUGCUUGGAGAAAGCUUUAUCCAUAUCCAGAGAUAUUGGAGAUAAAAGAAAAGUGUUCGAAAUCCUUAAAGGUUACGCCGUUUUGUAUUUAUAUCAAAAUAAAAUCCAAGAAUCCCUUUCGUGUCUUCAUCUGUGCAUUGAAAAGUACGAGGAGCUGAGAUAUUUCUUGGGCGCCAACGAUCAGUUCAAAACAUCACUUCUGGAGCACUCAGGAAUAUUUCCCUACAAGCUGCUUUGUACUCUGCUUUGUGACAGCGGAAAUGCUCGUGAUGCUCUUGAUGUUGAGGAGUUGGGUCGAGCAAGAGGUCUAUCAGACUUAAUGGCAGAGAAGUACUCGGUUGAAAUGCAUAUCUCUGCUAAUCCACAAUCUUGGUCUGGAAUUGAAAACAUUUUUAGAGAGAAAAAUAACUGUACUUGUCUGUACAUUUCUUAUUUUGGCAAUGAUCUGCAUUUGUGGAUCUUGAAAACAAGUGGAGAUUUUCGCUAUGAAAGAAUAUCCCCAGAGGACAAUCUCGUUCAGGCUGGGUUGCCAAAAGAUUUGUCUUUGAGUCAAUUUUUGGCUGAUAAUUUCCGGAGUCUUGGUAUUUUGCCCAUUGAAGAUUGUGAAGAUCGGUCUUUAAAUAUGGUUGAAUUGCAACCUCUUACCCCCGAAAAAAAGAGCUCAGCAAGAUUGCGACUCGUGGAGGAGGAAGAGGACGAGAAAGUCAUUUCAAGUCUAUCUUUGUGUUACAAAAUGUUUAUUGCCCCCGUUUAUGAUUUGCUUGAGGAGCCUGAAGUCAUUAUUGUUCCUGACCGCAAUUUGUACAAAGUUCCCUUUGCUGCCUUGAGUGAAAAGGAGGGAGCCGAAUACCUGUCGGAGACUCAUAAGAUUCGUAUCAUUCCUUCUUUGACGACACUCAAAAACAUUCAAGAUAGUCCAGAGGACUACCACAGCAACACGGGUGCCUUGAUAAUAGGCAAUCCCAUGGUUGAUUGGCUACCAUCAUUGCCAUGUGCAAGAAAAGAAGCGGAGAUGGUCGGACAACUGGUGGGUGUUCCGCCUUUAGUAGAAGAGAAAGCAACGAAGCUGAAGGUACUUGAGCAGAUAAGUUCAGUGAGCUUGAUACAUUUUGCUGCCCAUGACCCUCCUAACUGGGAGAAUAAAUUGUUACUCUUUGAAAGAAACAAAGAAAAAAGAUAUAAAACUAGCCUUGAUAUUCAAGGUGACAAAGGGUAA